AUGGAGGACCAUGGUGAAGCAACAGAGGACUCCUCAACUAUGGAAGAUGGAACUCAUUACGAGGAGGAUGAGGAAACUCAGUCCACAAUCCUGGACGAUGAUGUGGAUGAAUAUAGGGAGAUUGGAGACGAUGGCGAAACCACGAUCACUGACACAAGAGAAAACGAAUAUGACAGGAUACGAGAGGGUCAGCCAAAAAAGGAUGAGGAGAAUGUAGAAAUGGAAGACGUGUUGGAGGACCAUGGUGAAGCAACAGAGGACUCCUCAACUAUGGAAGAUGGAACUCAUUACGAGGAGGAUGAGGAGGGGGAAACUCAGUCCACAAUCCUGGACGAUGAUGUGGAUGAAUAUAGGGAGAUUGGAGACGAUGGCGAAAUCACGAUCACUGACACAACAGAAAACGAAUAUGAGAGGAUACGAGAGGGUCUGCCGGAACGAGCAGUGGUUAUCUCAUCAGUCGUAUUAUGUCCACCUCUUGAUGAUUUUGAGGAUUAUAUUAAUUAG